AUGCAUAAACAGCUCGUGACCCCGUCGUCGCGCGACAAGCUGUUGCAAACAAGCCUACGGAACAAGAAGCAUUGUCUGGGGCUUGGCAAGCGUACCGGACAAAGACUUCACCACGUCGUUCGCCGUACUUUGCCGGACUAUUUUCCGAAACGUUUGUCAAAGCCUAGGCUAGGGACGAAUAGCAAGUUUAGGAAGCUGCCGGAAGAAAGUGGUGCGAAUUUUUACGGAAACGACACCAUUCGCAUAGUAUCGGAGGAACGACAAGCUUUUGGUUUCGCUUCGGAAAUAUCGCUGGGUAGUGUACAAGUAGAAGUGUCUCCAGAGCAAGUUGGUGAGGUGGUUGACAGUGAAGUCUGUGACGAGGAUCUGGUCCUACUGGUCAAGGAGGAGUCUGUGGACCAGGAAGAUUUGAUAGGAAACUUUAAACAAGACUUCCGAGAGUACUGUUCCGUGCGGUGGAAGUUUCAAAUUGUGCUCUCAAUGCUGCAGGAACGUUUGGAAGAGCUGGAAAGCGGUAAUGAAAGUUCCAUCGGUAACGACAGUGCAGGUGUUGCCGACCUAGUGGAGGAAGGCCCGGAUGGCAUGUCGGCGGUCAAUCAAGAAGCAUCAAACGAUCGUACGGUGGAAAGUGUUGCUGUAGAUCGUACGCCGAACCCCGCCAGUGUUCCAACGGAAGAAGGCGACGGCGUAUCUACCGGCCUCCCUGAUGAAGGAAGUUCAGAGCCUGAUAAGGAAAAUUAUGCACCACCAUCCCAAGAUGCGGAACAUGCGUCGAAUUCGUCAGCGCUGGUAAAAGGUACUCCGGCAUCAAAUCCGGAGGAAAGCCUGCUCGUCAAGCCGCCGGGCUACAGUCUGCUUGAAACUUCCAAAUCGGAGAUUCUCGAACCGACGUAUACCUGCGAUAUCGAGCUGGAACCAUUGGAGGGCCGCAAAGCAUCGUUUGUCGAUUCGCUGCUUAACAAGUUUAACCUCGAACCACCGGUAAUGCCACCGGUAAACGGUGCCGAUGUUGGCGACGCAGCCGAUGGACACUCACCACAGCAGCAACGUCGCUGCCUGCGUGAUCGCACCAAAAUAGCGGCUCGGCCUCGCUACAUAGAAAUACCGGAGGAACCGCGUCGGGUGCGCGUAUCGAAGGUAUUCGGAAAGCUGCACAAGACCAUCAAUCUGGACGAGCUCGAUAGUACCAACUCGAACUCGUCGACCGAGUUCUAUGGUUUCGACGAGGGCGAGGUGGUGAAGCUGGAUAAACCCAGCCUGCCGGGCCUGUUGCCGACACCGAUCGUCAAAAAAUCGCAGCCAUUCGCACCAUUUUUGGCGUAUGGGACCAGCAUUACGGAUGCACUGUCCGGAUGCGAUGACGGGGCCUCGACUAGCAUCACCAGUAGCAAGUCGAGCGUCAGCGAUGGCACCGGCACCGGCAAUGGCAACGAGUUGUUCCGUGAGGAGGGUCUAAUAGCGUUUGGAUCCUUGCCUCCCCGACUCGAGUGUCCUCGUCGACCGACCGAUAUGGUGCGCCCGCGCACCGUGGCCCAGAAGCGCAUUCUGCUGCAGAAGGAAAACGAUGUGCGGUACUUGAUCAUCGACAAUGAGUCGAAAAUUUUCCAUUUCCUGGAGAAACGCAGCAAAAACAUUGACGCAGAGCUCGACUUCUGUCGCAUGAAGCAGCUUCAGGACCAGCAAAUACCGUUCACUCGCGACACUUGGCGUGCGCUAGCGUGGUUGCGGACGCAAAAGGGCCUCUACUACUUUCAAACGCACACCAUCGACGGACGGACGGUCAAGUUGACGGGGUGUGCUGGCAAUCACGCCAGCAAACGGUUGACCCGGAAAAAUGUCUUCUCGUCCGCAGUCAACGCAUCGGGAGGACAUAAGAUUCACUACAUUACCCAUUGCCGCUGUCCAGAGUAUCCGGAUGGGGUGGACCUGGACCUAUCGGCCAUGGAACCGCCCGCGUCUGAGGAAGAGCAAUGGGUUGCGAAAGCGAGACCGAAGCUUCUACCCAGCGAUGCCUGGGUGCGAUCGGCCGACUAUCGGCUGCAACCCUCCUUUCCGGAUACCAAACCAGGGCCGCUCUCAUCGAAACGAGUAUCGCGUGUGGCCUACGAAGACGACCCGUAUCUGGGACCGUUGGAGAUCUUUCACAUGCCCACCGCGGAGCUGGAGGUGUUUCCGAAAAUCAACCGUCCGCUCGAUGGGUACGUGAAGCCAUUUCUCAAGAUGAUACUGCCCCACAGCGGCAUCACCGAGAAUUGGGCUCGAUUCGCAGUGUCGACGCUCCGAUCCACACGCACCGGUGAUGGAGCGGACGAUGACGAACGGUCGUUCGUGUUCGAGUUGCCAUACGCCAACGAUGCGCGCAAACUGCUCGUCCGCCGACGACUGGUCGCACGACCGGGCGAGGAGCUGACGGUGGCAUGCAGGGCAAAGACGGAAGUGAAGGGGGUGACCGAUUUGGAGCACUUCGAGCGGGUGCUCGCCGAACGGUUGUCCUUCCGGGAAGCGAUCGAUCAGGCUUUGGAACGUGGAGAAACGGUCGACGCGGACGAGCGCAUCUGUGCGGACAUCGUCACUGAGCUUACCAACUCGGUGGCGAUUACCGUCGCCGAAGAUUUGUUUGCGGCGCGUGAUCCGGAUGCCGUAAGUCCGGCAUGUCCUCAGCAGGAGCAACCCGCAACAACAGCAAAGCCUCUUUCGGUAGACACCGAUUGCGCAACUGCCACCUCGCAUCCAGCGCAACCACUGUCAUCCAGUGCCUCUCCGAGGGCUGCUACUGCUGCUUCUGCUCCAUCCGAAGGAACCGACGGAAAGAGUCCCGAAGGAACAGCGAGCAAAGCGGCGAACGAUACAGCGAAACUGAAGCUACUCCGCGAGAUGAAGCGACUGAAUGCGACCAUCAUUGAAAGCUCGAGCCAUGCGCCGCCACCGACCGGCAGUGCGGCGACUGGCGAGUCGCAGCAGCAGCAACCUUGCGACCCCGUCUACUGUGCCCUAGGCUGUAUUUGUGAUAUUCUUGGCCGGUCGGAGCAAAUCCGCAGCAGCUCGAGUGCGAUCGCCAGCUCCCUACGCCGGCUUCACUGCAAAGAGGCCCACUGUGUGCUUGGGUGUGUCUGUGGGUACGAGCAAAAAUCGGUAAACCAUACGCAACAGGUACAGGUAAGUUUGUGUAAUAAUAAAGGCACGCAGGGCGACAUGAAGGGCAGCGUUGAUGGGUCAUCCGCACUGACCAGCGCCGAUGUGAAGUAUCUGCGCGAGAAGGCCACGGCCCGGUUGGCGAAAGUUGAGCGCGACUUUGCGCCGACGGUAAUCCUGACCGACAACGCCACGGUGCUGGUGCGCAACACGGAGUCGGAAACGCGGCGCCAGAAGAAGAAACCGAAAAAGUACGACGACUACUACAACGAGAACAGCAUGCAGAUUUUGCUGCGAGGCGGCACGGCCCAAAGCCUGAAGGAGCUCGAGUCGCAGCAUUCGACCGAAACCACUGCCCCACCGCCGGUGGAACCGCUACCGCUUAGCGAGCGUAUACGGCACGCGCACGUGCUGCUCAUGAAUCUGCCGGAAGUGUCCGCUCUCGAACCGUGGUGUAUGGUGCACGAGCUGUACCGCUGCUACUGUGGCGGAACUGCCACGCAUGGAAAAUCGUUUUCGUUCUACGAAGAAAACUGCGUUCCGCUGCCGGCAUCGAAAGGCGCAGCGAAAAGCGAAACUUCCACCACUCCGACGGUUGCCAGUCGCAUGAUGAGCAACAAAGUGGUGCCGGAUGUACCCCUAGCUGCCGUUUCCGGUUCGUCCGUGUACGGUGUGCCCCGGAAGCGAUUGUAUUCGUUCGAGAAAGUUUCACCAACUGCCGGUGGUGGAGUGGAGAGCGUACCGAUCCGAGCCAACGCAUGGAUGACCCCCACCCGGCCAUCUGCCUCCACCGUUGCACCGGCAUCAGCCUCCGGUCGGGCGUCGUUUCGAAAGCGAGACAGCUCCGAAGAAUCCUACAAGCCGUUUUCGGAGUGGAAGCAAUCGAAACGUAAGGGCAAAGCCGUCGACGAUGGUAGCGGUGCGGCUGCUGUGAGCGGUGCCAUCGCCUACCGGCGCAAUUCGACGAUCGCGAAGCGACGCUUUUCGAUGGCUGUCACGGGAGGAAGAAAUGGCUUGGAUUGGGCUGGCGAGCCAGCGAUGGCCGGUAGCAGUACAAAGCCGGUAGCCCGGCGGUCUGAUCCACACACUCGCUCCGAUGCGGUGGCGUCCGUUUCCGAUGCGCAGUACAAGAUCAUUCCCCGGUCCACUCCGAAGAGUACCGGCAUUUCCAACAUCGUGCUAAAACGCAUCCCCGUGGCGCCCGAUACGGCCCAGGCAAACAGGAAUGGUGCGAAGCCCGUCAAGGCGAUGUCGUCAGCACCGAAAGCGAAGAGCGUACUACCGCAGAUGCCCCAGAGCGUGGUGAUAUCUGAUUCGUCUGACGAAUCGUCACCAGAGGGCGAGCCCUCACACCGAGCGCUAGCGUGCCGAGACAAGACGAGGGCCCUGGGCACCGAUGAUGGGGCCCACGUCAGUGCCCCUGUCACGAAAGUGCUAACGGUGCAGGGACUAAAGCUUCUGAUACACCGGGAGCACCAACAGGGAACAUCCGUCCCUCGCGGCAAAAAUCGAAUCCAGUACGUCCAUUUGGUGGACAGCAACGAGAACGUGCAAAACCACGUAAAGUACCGGAUCCUGUUGGAUAAAUCGAAGCGACUGAUCAUUUGCGGCGAUCACAAAUCGUUUGUCGAUGCCCGGGCGAGUAGCCGCAAGGAAGUGUUGAAGCGCCUGGCGCCCUACCCCCAGGUGAUGGUUUACAUCGUGCAAAUGCUUCCGAACAUGAAGCCCACCACCAGCGUGCGGCCAUCGGCGAGUGCCUCUACUUCCCACACACAGCUCAAUCGACCGAAGGGCACGGACGUCGCUGGUAGGGUUCAUAGUGAUGGUGGAUCAUCAACGGUAGCAGAAACCGAUCAGAAAGCUCAGAUAUCGACGAGUAUUUGUGGCCUUGCGCAGCAGCAGCAAAACGGUCAGCAAGUCGCUUCACUAAUACGCCACAUUAGGACGUUGCUGAUGCGUACAACCCUUCAUAUCAACAUGGUCAAGAGUGGCAUACUCCAUAUGUGUCGCUGGCCGGCCCUGCUGAACGCGUUCACGCUCGGUCAGGCCGAUGUGCUGGACGUGACGUUUGCCAGUGGCGAAAGGCAAACCGUCAUCACGACCGAUCAUUCAGCCGAUAUGCUGUUCCACCAGCACGUGCAGAGCAGUUUCAGCGCUAGGCGUUCCCGUUUUGUCGCACGAUCCGCCGGAGAACCGCAGCAACGGUCACUGCUGAUGGAACUUAUCCUCACGCAGGCCGAUUCCGUCCGCAUGAGCAAGGACCUCGGGCUCGUUCUUUACGGUGGCGAACAUUGUUGGUUGUUUUGCGGAUUUCUCGAUAUGAAAGGCAACGGUGCAGCGCCGCCCGCAGAGGCAUCGGAUAAUCCACCGCCAGUGGCAUGUGGCUCCGCAAAGAGCAGUUCUUCGAAGCCGCCAGCCAACAAGAGUACCGAAGAGUCGUUGUCCAAAACGUUUUUGUUUUCUGGUCCCACAAAUUUACACAUUAUAAACGCAACGGCACCGGCACCAACGUCCGACGAUUCGGAGCCGAGGAUCAAAUGCCGUUGGGUGAAGCUAACCAUAGCGAACGAUUUCAGCGACAUAUACAUCCCAUCGUGGAAGUGUAGCGUUUCGUACGCCCAGAUUAGGAACGCGAUCGAUGUCGCCAACCAGGGCCGCACUGUGUUCUGUCUGAAGUGUACGAACCAUUCGUCCAAGAUUAACACAUCGUCGCCACGCAUCUACGCCGUGCCGUACCAGAGCUGCACCGUCUAUAUGGGUCCGUACCCAUUGUCACAGAAAACGAUCGAUAUCAUACUGUACCAGUCGGUUGAUGGGGUGAUGUACACGCGCGAAGAUUACGAGCGACGGAAUGGAAUCGCCUGCGAUACUAGGAACCGUACGACGGGUCGGUGGAUUGAGAUGAAAGAGAAUGCGAUCGAUAACCUACAGCGAGGGCUCGACCUGUCAAAGGUCGAUCGACAUUCGCGGAAUAAGGUGAGGGAUUCAAAGUCAUCUGUCGUCAAAACAGCGUCGGUAGAAUUGCCACAAUCAACACCAACUCCGCCACCACCACCGCCACCACCGAUAACAGCACCCGCCAAGCCGAUCAUCGGUUCGUCAGCCAACAAUCGAUCACUGUUGAAACGCAGCUUUGCCAAUGGACCUUCCUCCGCCAGCACCACUUGCAAUGGUGGUGGGGUGAACGAAAACUCGACAAACAGCGGCGUAACCAGUGUUGCCAAUUACGAAGGCGGUAGCAGCAGAAGCAACAACAAGGACUCGAUUGUGAUCCUGGAAGACAAGAACAACACCGUAGCGGAGGCAGGCCAGACCAGUAUGAAUCCGCCGGCCGCAUCCACCGCUGUCGGUGGUGCGGGCGACGGGGAGCAAGGAAUACAGAAUGGCAAACGUACACGACUUUCGUCGGUGAUCACCGCGGAGCUGACCGACGAUGGAGCCGACCGUUUGUUGAAGCUGUUGGAAAAAACGAUGCAACACACGCGGGAGGAGAAGCAGAAAGUGGAGCUGAUGAUAAAAUCAUCCAGCCAAGCGAAGGGGGAAACGGCACAAUUAUUUGCCGCUCCGCUGGUGGACCGCAAACGUAAGACGAACGGAAGCGAGGAACAGACCGUUUCUUCUGCGUUGCACAAGCACCGUCGACUCAGCCUUCGGCCCUCGGUCGAUGGGCGCUUAGAAACGACUCCGCGGCCAGCUCCUGCUUCCGAGAUCGCACCGAGUGGUGUGAAAAUAAAUGCACAGUGUAGGGUUUCGUUGCCAAAUCCUGUCCCAAUGGCGAAAACAACGUCGGUGGAGCACGCCAACGUGCCGACGAAACCCGUUGGCGACGCUACAUCCCCUACCGUAGCCCCGCCUAAUGGGACUACGGCCAAAACGGCGGUUGCUGGUUCCGGUGGACUGAAGGUUCGUUCGAUGGAAAGCCUUCGCAUUCGCCCCGCGGAAUCUCUUACCCCCGCUACGGGUGCAUCUGGUGCGAAAGAGAACGAUGAGGAGAUCGUCUGUCUUGACGACGACGAUGACGGUGAUGGCGGCACAGCGAUUAACGAUGUUCCGACAAACGGCAUUCGUAACACGCCCGGUGUCGGGGAUGUCGGUAGAAGCAACAGACCACAGAUGGUUUUGAGUCAACAACAGGCCGCACUUAUCGCCAGUAAGCUAAACCUGAAGUCCGGUGGCGAUCAGCAGCUGGGAUUCAAGUUCAAUCCCACGAACGGCGUGGUGGCGAUGAAACGAUCGCUUAUCCAAAGUAUCACACAAGUAUCAAGCCGAGAGCUGCUCGGUGCUGCUGGCGGGAAACAGUCGCAAGGUCCGAGAGGCGCCACCGCAACGCCGUUCAGCGCGGCGUCGCUUGCGGCCCUCCGGAGGCAGAGCAUCGCAGUGUGUACCUCGACACCAACCACCUCAACCUCGAAAGCGCUCCCACCCACUUUUGGCGCUUCCAAUGAGACGCCGCUUCGAAGCAGUGAAGCUGAGCAAAGCUUUGCUUCGGGACUGGUCUGCUUAACGGUGGACCAGGAGGCACGGCUGUUGACGAAACGGCACGUAAGAGGCGUGCUAAAGUCAAACAUUCCCAACCUCGGCCUGGUGGAGGUAGUUCGGAUGAGGAACCAGGCAGACAUUAUCAUCCGAAUGAGGGAGCUGACGGCCCAGAAACAGUACGUAAGCGUACCGACGUUCGCAUCUGCCACCAUCCUGCUGAAUGAAUUCAUCCAAAAAAAUACCUACACGUUCAUGCCUUUCUCGCUCCACAUCAAGUGGAUAUUCGAAGAACGUUCGACGCCACUGCCGGCUCAGGAAAACUUAACCAGUAUUAUAAACCGGCGCAGUGUGGUGACGCCGCAAGGAAUUGUGGAUCUUUCGAAACCGGAUCUGUUGCAAAGCCUGCAGACGACGAUGCCGGAAGCGUGCGAUGAUCUCAUGCUGAGAAGGCUCGCCAUGCUGUGCUAUCCAAAAGAAUUGUACGAAAAGCACAAAUGUUACGAUAAUGAGGAAAAAAUCUUCACACGGGCCACGGAAGUUAUUAGCACCUUGAAACAGUCGACCCAAGCGAAGGCGCAAGAGCUGUGCUUCUACAAAAAGAUGCUGAAAAAGAACGAAGAAAAGUUGAAACAUUUGCAGGAGCCUCAAGCACAACAUCAGCAGCAAAGGCGCGACAGUGUACCGACGUUCGGCAAUCGGUCGGCAGAUGGCAGCGAUGGGAAUACCACGGUCACGAGUCCAAAGCAAAACCGCAAUAAUGCCAACCAAGGGGGUGUGAUCGUUAUUGAGGACGAUUAAAUACCGCGUGUGGAUGGAUCUUCGUUCCUUUUCCUUUUUACGUCGUACAUUGAAAAGGGACUUGUAUAUAGAAUAUGUCGAAUAAAACACCAGCUCAGGCCGGUGGCAAAUAA